ACUACAACAGGAAGUUUCAACCAGCUUUGUUUACAAACUUCUCGCUCGUUGAAAUACUUUUCAUAUGUGUCAAGUUAUUUGCGUUUGACCUCGUGGCUCAUAGAAACAGAGUUACAUUAUGAUCGUAUGAUCGAUUCGUCGGUGAGAUGUCGUUGAAUGCAGUAGAUGCGUUUGGAGAGCGUAAAGCAUGAGGAGGUCACUGUAUGUGUACAGUGAAUCAGCUGAUUAUUUCACGAGCUAACCACACUCAUGAUUAAUCUAGAUCGGCGUCGUAAUUAUGAGCAUCAUAUGCAUCUAAAUACAACCACAGCAGUGCAUCUGCUUAGAACUUGGCUUUUACCCAGCGAGACAACUCGACUUGCCUCUUUAUUAAAGCUCUUGUAAGUUUAUGCAGAAGUGAAGAUGCCGUGCACGUGUGGAAACUGGAGGAGGUGGAUUCGGCCUCUGGUGGUGGUACUGUACAUCCUGCUGCUUCUGGUUGUCCUUCCACUCUGUAUCUGGGAAGUGCAAAAAUCACAGGCUGGUGCUCAUAAUAAGGCGUGGUUCAUUGCUGGGAUAUUUGUGUUUAUGACUAUACCCAUCUCACUGUGGGGUAUACUACAGCAUUUAGUAAAUUAUACCCAACCUGAGCUGCAAAAACCUAUUAUCAGAAUAUUAUGGAUGGUUCCUAUAUACAGUCUGGACAGUUGGAUUGCGCUUAAGUAUCCCGGUAUUGCCAUCUACGUAGACACAUGCAGAGAGUGCUAUGAGGCCUACGUCAUCUACAACUUUAUGAUCUUCCUACUCAACUACCUGGGAAACCAGUAUCCCAGUCUGGUGCGGAUGCUGGAGGUGCAAGAGCAGCAAAAACAUCUCCCCCCUUUGUGCUGCUGCCCUCCAUGGCCCAUGGGAGAAGUACUGUUGCUGAGAUGUAAACUAGGAGUUUUGCAGUACACGGUUGUGAGACCUGUCACCACAGUCAUUGCAUUGAUUUGUCAGCUUUGCGGGGUCUAUGAUGAAGGUAACUUCAGUUCUAAAAAUGCCUGGACAUACCUAGUUAUCUUCAAUAAUCUCUCUCAGCUUUUUGCGAUGUACUGUCUUGUGCUCUUCUACAAGGCUCUCAGAGAAGAGCUGAGUCCCAUCAAACCAGUGGGAAAAUUCCUCUGUGUCAAGCUGGUGGUCUUCGUUUCAUUCUGGCAAGCUGUGGUUAUUGCCCUCUUAGUGAAGGUAGGCGUGAUCUCAGACUCUCACACCUGGGAUUGGGAUAGUGUGGAAGCCGUAGCCACUGGAUUACAGGACUUCAUUAUCUGUGUGGAGAUGUUUUUGGCAGCCAUUGCCCACCACUUCAGUUUUACCUACAAGCCCUACAUACAGGAAGCAGAGGAAGGUUCCUGCUUUGAUUCUUUCAUGGCCAUGUGGGAUAUCUCAGAUAUACGGGCUGACAUCUCAGAACAAGUGCGCAAUGUUGGGAGAACCGUUAUGGGUCAGCCAAGGAAAGCAUAUUUUGGGGAAGAAGCUUACCAGGAUGAGAACACUGGACUGCUGUCAGCCGGUUCUCAUGACCCUGUGGUUGAAGCCUCCUCCACUCCUCCAUCACCUAGAGGCCGUUACCAAGGCAUGGGACACACUGUAACCCCCCACUCCGUUUCCGCUCCUGCCAACCUCGGAUGCGCGCCAUGGGAGGGAGAUGUGGACGACAUAACUCCUGCCGUGCUAUCCAGCGAUCAUAUAGACCAACAGGGCUCAGACUAUGCUCCAAUCACUUAGCAUACCCUGAGCUACAGCUACCAGUGCUGUUAUAAUUAAUGCACAUUUGUAUUAUGUUUUUUUGAUAGCAAGAACAUAUUUGAAGGACUCGGUAACAGGUUGGGUUCUCUGUUUAUGUCUUCUUUUGGCAUAUUUAGCUGAAAACAUGACCAAAAUAUAAACUGACAUAAGCACCAAGCACACACUAAUAACAAUUUGAAUUGUUCUCAUAACUAGCUGACCGUUAAGACAGCUGUACGAAUGUCUACUCGAAGUAGGAAAUGACACUACUUUAAAAAUGGAGUUUGUUUAAUAAUUUUAAUGUUUUUAUUUUAACCUCAGUGUUACGUUCACAUAUCUGUUAAUGCAAACACUUUUAAACUGUUAAGGAGAAUCACAUUAAUCAUAAUAUGAAGUUGCCAGUAUGCAGCUGAGAUUUGUAACAAUAUGUCGCAGUUGAAUAUAUGCAUGUUGUAGAUCAUCUACAGUAUGAAUAUAGGUUGUAAAGCACCUGUAUCACUGCUCUCUUCACUUUUAGAGCUUAGCAACGGCUCCUGGUCGGCUCACCUUCAGUACAGAUUCAUUUCCAAAUGUGAAGAUGCUACAUAUGGUUAUUUUUCGUUUCUGUCCAAGUAUUGUUUUAAGGUAGAAGUCAUUUUAUUUCUGAUUAUUUUACUGACUGAUAUAUUUUUUUUCUUAAACCUGAUCCAGUUAAAUACUUUUUAAUCAGUUUUAAGUUCAUUUUGGGAAAACGUUGCAAUGUCUAAAUAUUAGCCAAAGUUGUCUUAUUUGCAUUUAAAAACUGUUUUAUUUUCAGUUUGUGAACAUCGCCAGUCUGUUUGUAUGGAAGUAAAACAAUGACAUACGUUUUUGAAAUAAAACAGCCUGUUAAAUGUACUACUUGAAAAAAAAAUGCAUUGAAUUAACCGUGCUUGGAUUUGAAUGCGUUGUAUUUUUAGGACUUGUAUUUUUAAGGGCUGAAAUUCAACAUGGUUUUAUAUUUAAGCUGUGAAUAUUUCACUUCAAAACAUUUCAAACACAUUUUUUUCCCAUUAAAAAUUCAAUAGUCCAUAUUCACCUUUCAGAUUUCACUUCCAAAAUAUUCUGUCUGUUUAAAAAUACAACCUAAAAUAUUCAGCAGGCAAUUUUCUGUCUAUAUAAUUCA